AUGGUCGCGCAGCUCAUGGGAAGCCUCUUCCAGGGAUCCUUCACCACCCCCGCCCUCCCCGCCUUCUCCCUCGGCGGCGUCGCGGCCUCGGUCGUCGACGAUGCCAAGUCCAAGGCUGAGGACCUCAAGAACAAGGCCUCGCACGCCGCCUCGUCUGUCGGAGACAAGGUUGACGGUGCCCGCGCUGCUGCCACGACUGGCGCCGCCCAGGCCGUCUCGAAGGCUGCCCCCGGCACCAUCGAGCUCUACUCGGGCAAGUACUACGCGACCUGCGCCCUCGGCGGUGCGCUCGCCUGCGGCACCACCCACGCUUUCGUCACCCCGCUCGACCUCGUCAAGUGCCGCAAGCAGGUCGACAAGAACAUUUACAAGUCCAACAUGGACGGGUGGAAGAAGAUCCACGCCACCGAAGGCGGCAUCCGCGGCCUCUACACCGGUGUCGGCCCGACCUUGAUUGGCUACUCGAUGCAGGGAGCGGCUAAGUACGGGUUCUACGAGUACUUUAAAAAGUUCUACUCGGACCUCGCAGGUGCCGAGAACGCCGUCAAGUACAAGGACGCCAUCUACCUCGCCGGUUCCGCCUCGGCCGAGUUCUUCGCCGACAUGGCCCUCGUCCCCAUGGAGACCGUCAAGGUCCGCAUGCAGACCACCUUCCCUCCCUUUGCCACCUCUGCCGUCUCGGGCCUCAACAAGGUCGUCGCCGCCGAGGGCUCUGGCGCGCUCUUCAAGUCGCUCCCCUCGCUCUGGGGCCGUCAGAUUCCCUACACCAUGAUGAAGUUCUGGUCGUUCGAGGCCACCGUCGCCGCCAUCUACAACGCCCUCGGCGCGCCCAAGGAGUCGUACAACAAGCUCCAGCAGCUCGGUGUCUCGGCCACCGCCGGUUACAUCGCCGGUGUCUUCUGCGCCGUCGUCUCGCACCCCGCCGACACCAUGGUUUCCAAGCUCAACGCCCCUCUGGCCCCCGGCCAGGCCAAGCCGACCGUCGGAUCGAUUUACGCUGACAUCGGAUUCGGUGGGCUCUGGGGAGGACUCGGAACUCGUAUCAUCAUGAUCGGAACCCUUACCGCUCUUCAGUGGCUCAUCUACGACACUUUCAAGGUCACUAUGGGUCUCCCAACCACCGGCAGUGCCGCCCCCGACCCGACCAAGAAGUGA